UCAUUGCGACCUAGUAGCUGGUAUGUUGUGACUGUGAGAUCUGGAGGUUUUUUUAUUCAGACGGCCUUGCAUUGCGGGAAGCCGAAGUUGGUGAACAAAAGCAAACAAAACUAACGAUUCAAAAGCACAAGAAAGCAAGCAUUUGGAUCCUAAUAAUAGACCCGACAUAUUUCAUCAUUCUGCGCGCGCAGCAUCCUCUGAAGGGUUUCCCCGAAAAACAAGCGAUCUGCAAUUUGACAUUUUGUUACACCAGCAACACUCUUUUCUCUCCAAGUUGUACAAUAAAACAAAAUCCAAAUUUUGAUUUCCUGUGGAAAAAAAUAAAAAUUGUAGUUGAAAGUUGUGAUUUGUUGUGAGUCCUGAAAGGAAUUUCCGAUCUUCGAGCUCUUUUGAACAGCACGCAAAACCGCAAAAAUGGCCGACGACGAAGUGCAAGCCCUCGUGGUGGACAAUGGGUCCGGUAUGUGUAAGGCCGGUUUCGCCGGUGACGACGCCCCGCGCGCCGUCUUCCCGUCUAUCGUCGGUCGCCCGAAGAUGCCCGGUAUCAUGGUCGGGAUGGACCAGAAGGAUAGCUAUGUCGGAGACGAGGCGCAGAGCAAGCGUGGUGUGCUCACGUUGAAGUACCCGAUCGAGCACGGUAUCGUCACCAACUGGGACGAUAUGGAGAAGAUUUGGCACCACACUUUCUACAACGAACUGCGUGUUGCCCCGGAGGAGCACCCGGUCUUGCUGACCGAGGCUCCCCUCAACCCGAAGGCGAACCGCGAGCGCAUGACUCAGAUCAUGUUUGAAACCUUCAACUCUCCGGCCAUGUAUGUCGCCAUCCAGGUACGUAACAUUUCAUGCUUGUUUGUUUCCUUUUUAUUUUUUAAAAAUUGUUUCUGACGCUGACGUAGCGGCGGAGAUUACGAUCGAUCUGCAAUGACAUCAAGCUCGGCUUCUUUUCCCCUGGUUUCCAACAACUUUACUUUUACGACUUUUGUGAUUGUGAUGCAUGCUCCUGCACGAAAAGUACAUUUUUGAUCUUGUGGUCUUCUAAUAAAUAAUCAGGCCGUGAUGUCCCUGUACGCUUCCGGUCGUACGACCGGUAUCGUGAUGGACUCCGGUGACGGCGUGUCCCACACGGUCCCGAUCUACGAGGGUUACGCUUUGCCGCACGCGAUCCUGCGUCUGGACUUGGCGGGUCGCGACUUGACGGAGUACAUGAUGAAGAUCUUGACCGAACGUGGUUACUCUUUCACCACCACCGCGGAGCGUGAGAUCGUGAAGGACCUGAAGGAGAAGCUGACCUACGUCGCCCUGGACUUCGACGCCGAGAUGAAGCAGGCCGCCCAGUCCUCGGAAAACGAGAAGACCUUCGAGUUGCCGGAUGGCAACGUGAUCACUGUCGGAAACGAGCGGUUCCGCUGCCCCGAGGUGCUGUUCCAGCCGUCCUUCAUCGGAAAGGAGUCGUCCGGUAUAGAAUUUAUCAAAAUCUUUUUGAUAAGUAGUAAUCUCAAGCUCGCUUGUUAUCGUUAUGCUAGUCAUGCAUCAAAAUUGAAAAUACACAUUUGUCAUGCAUUUUGAUGAUGAUGACGCAUACAUUCGCAUUAUCCCUUCCUCAGGUAUCCACGACACCACGUUCCAGUCCAUCAUGAAAUGCGACGUCGAUAUCCGUAAGGACUUGUACGCAAACGUGGUCCUCUCGGGUGGUACCACCAUGUUCCCGGGCAUCGGGGAGCGCAUGACCAAGGAGCUCACCGCGCUGGCGCCGUCCACCAUGAAGAUCAAGGUCGUUGCGCCCCCGGAGCGCAAGUACUCCGUGUGGAUCGGCGGGUCCAUCUUGUCCUCCCUGUCCACCUUCCAGCAGAUGUGGAUCUCCAAGAACGAGUACGACGAGUCCGGCCCGACCAUCGUGCAUCGCAAGUGCUUCUAAAUUAAUAGAGGUUCUGGAAUGAUACUCACUUUUACGGGACAUGAAAACGUCGUGCUCACGGAAAUUUAGUAAAGACAAACUUUUCCUUGCCUUUUCCACCACCACACACCGUAGUGAUUCUACCCAUGGAAUUUUCCCUUGUGAAAAAAAAGCCACAAACGAAACUACGAAUUCCUAAUUUCUUCGUUUUCCAACAGAAAAUAAAGUGUUGUAUCUUCACUAGGCUACAAAUAUGGACUAAAAUGAGCUAGUACAAGUAUCGUUUGUCUUCUUUACUGCUAUCAGCUAGAAUGAACGUGGUCGUCUCACCCGUAAUCAAAUCGCUACGGUGUCGUGUGUCAUCUACCGCAAGUUGCAAAAUCAGUAGGUUUGUCUCUGUACUUGACGCUUUUCCUGCACUAGAAGGUUGUUGUACUGCAGGUCUGAAAUGACAGCGCAGUUCUGCUUUUCUGGCGUAAUUCGCCAGUCUCUGCAAAUCUGUGAACCUGUCAUGCUAGGAUCUUGCACCACACAAGUUACUUACUACUUCUGCCGAGACUUGCCUACUCGAUUCCGAUUUGCACUUUUUGUUGAAGUAAAUCCAAAAGUUCGACGCAGCUUUAAAACUAGUCCCUCGUCCGUGUUAAAUUGUAUGUGUCCUCCGGUAAUUCUUAUCGCAAGGCGCGUCUCAAAAUCAUGAUGAGGAGCUGCAGUCUGAAACUAUACUCAUACUAAAAUCUUCUAUCGCGAAACAAUCCGUCUUGCACCAGUACCUCUGCAGCAUUACUGGCUUUCCCAAGUUCGCCCUCUUCUCCUUUUCUAGCGAGAGCUGCGCGUCGUAUUGAUGGCCAGAGAGAAGACGGAUGUGGGGCUUCUUUGCAAAUGCUAUAUUUCUACAGAUGGUUUUGUAGCAACGACUUUGUAAAGUGCCUGGUACGUUUAUCGCUGAAGGAAUGAUAUAAUUGCAAGUCCGCGGACUGAAAU